AGGUAAACAGGGGGUCCACCUCUGCGCCACCCCACCCCCUCUUUCAUCUUUUUUUCUCUCCUUUCGUAUCUUCUCUUAUCUCCCAUCUCCUUUCCCUCCCAUUUCCUCUCUCUUUCUCUCUCUCAUUUACACUGCGUUGGAUAAAAAAUGCUUUAUAUGCAAAACUGGUAAUAUUUACAGCUUAAGGUUUAUCUUCCACCGAAUCUCCGUCGACUCUAUAGGGAAUUUGACAAUAGUGGAAGGUGUUAUACGAAGCCUAGGGUGAAAUUUUUGUCAGUCGUUUGACAUUCAGCGAAGGUCAUUCCUGUUGUCUCAGGUGAGGAAAGGACGCUUGACGAUGACAUCACAGUAGCAGUGUGGGCCCAUAUGGUCGGACUUAACGAAUGACUCAGGAAGUCAUAUUAAUUAUUUGAAUAUCCCGGAUUUAUUGGAGUAAGCCAUUCUUAAUCAAGCACAGACAGAAUACUUGUCUAGAGAAGCAUUCGGUGUCGUUAUUUAGGACUGAAUUUGAAAAACAGCAGGGAUUUUUUUUAUAUAGGGGCGUGUCACGAGGGCAGCUGAAUCAUCCAGGUAUAUAUAUUUAGAUCGAAUUCAUCUAAUCGAUUUAUUGACAUCACGGAAUGCUUGGACCACGUAUUUUCGUAAUCAUGUGACUUACGGAUUUCUAAACAUAGCCGGAUUAGUGACCAUAUCGUGUGUAUACUGAAGUUUAAAUCAUUUCUUUUCAAUUCGGCGAGGAAUGGGAGAAUGAAGUGUGAAUUAAUUCUCGUGGAAUCUCCGUUAUUAGUGUAAUUAGCGGCUGGACGUGUACUAACUUAUAUAGUGACAGGUGGCACAGAGCGUUCACUCAUUAGUUAAUUAGAUGUUGAAGUGUUUUGAAACAGCAGUAUAAUGGAGGAAUAACGACUGUGUGUUAGCUACUGAGAGGAAAAUAUGGCGAAAACCAACGUCCAGUGGAUAUUAUUGUGCUUCGUGCUUCUGUCAUACAUCGAAUGGACAUUCUCACAGAAUGGUAUGUCAUUGAUCAAUGUAAUUAAUGUUAUGUAAGUGCAUUGCCGGGGAAUUUACCCUCAGGGUCUGUAAAGAACAACUGGGCAUUAUUGUGUUAUGAACACUUUGACAGAACAUGAUUAUACUAUGUGUGGUAGUGUUUGUGAAACUAACUAGUGUAUUAUGUAUGUAAGAGUAACGGUUGAUGAACAGCAAUGCAUUGGUUAUAAUCAGUAGUCCACCCCACAACCCCCCACCCACCCCCACCCCAAUCCCUCCCACCCACGACAUGCAGUCCCUCAACUCAAAAAUGUGAACUUUACAGUCGAGUGAAAUAGCUGAUUUCGCAACUUUGUAAAUCUUCUGGGGUUUUUUAUGUGAAAAAUCGAAACAAUUUAAAUUCUCUCACGCUGACUAUACGAGUCAACUGUCCAUGAAGUUUAGAAGUUGCAUUUUAAAUAACAUGUCCGGAAAACAAAAUAAAGGUAUUUAUACUGAAGGUGUGUCAGUGAAUGUAAACAGCAAAACAGUACAUCCUGUCCGUGUUACCUGAUCAAUGAUUCAGGUGUCGGCAUUUACCUGUAUACAUACACCAGACACGUGGAUUUAUUGUACAUGUAAAAGGUGGGUACAUAUUUUUAAAUCUGCAUUUUUAAUAAGAAAAAAUGUGUAUGAUCUUGGAAUGUAUUGAUGUACUGAGUUAGUUUGACCUGGUUACGUCAAUACAGACGUGUAGGUGUAGUUUGGUGUCAUCGGACAUGUUUGUUUCACGUAAAUUUUACACUACAUAUACACGUACAUACAUUUUACAUGUAUAGAACCACAGACACCUGUGAAUAGAGUCAUCCAUAAAUGAUCUACCUACGCUACGGAUAUCGAUAAGAAAGAAAAAAACAUCUCUAUGUUCUGUUCCAUGUGCGAACCCAAACUUUAUGUGACAAAUGUUCUAUAUUUGGUACACGUAAGGCAUUUACAUGAACCGGGAAGGCCAAAAUCAAGGAAUCGAGACAUGUAACAUGAAUUUGAUGAAUGUAUAAAAAUGAAAACAUUGAAGGCAUUCGCUGUAAAAAACGAUGACACAUCUGUGCAUCACCUGAACACAGGUGAAUUAUCUGAGUUCAUCGACUUAUUGGGUGAGGGUUACUCAUACAAAAAUUUCCUAUUAUCACUACGUCAGAUCGUGCACAAAACCAGAACUUUAAAGUUAAAAUGUCACCCGACCUUGUUAAGCUAUAGUUGAUUUAUUAUCCGUAUACUCAUUUUAUGGCAGACGAAGUCACAGUGAGUGGCGUUAUUAACUAUAAUACUUACAGUAUAUGUGAUCAUGAUGAUAUAAAAAUUGAAACCGUUAAAAUGAAAAGAACUAUAUGUAUCCCCAAAAGGGGUGCUCUUUGCAAAUUACCAAAUCUUUUUUUUUUCAAAAAAAGAGAAAAAGCUAAAAUUAUCUACCUUGGAUUGCAGAAAGUCACCUUACGAAAUAUUUAACGCUAGACGGCGCCACGUGAUGUUUAUUACCUGUGACCAGGUGUAUGAGAUUUUUUCCAACAUGGCGAUUAUCAUAACUAGAAAUAAGGAAGUAUAUGCUGAUUGUGAUACAUAAUGUUAAAUAUUUUACACAUCAAAAACUGCACGAAGCAAAAAUAUGUUUGCUGUAUUGCGUGCGCGAUUACCUUUGUCGGUUAACGACUUUCUAGUGUGAUUUCAAGUCUUCUCUGACCAGAUCGGAUAUUCGGAUUAUGUAAAGUCGACAUGUGUACUUAAUUAGGGAGUUGUGUUCAAAAUCUCCCAUACUAUGGCGUUCAUAUGCUGAUUUAUGACAGGAUUCUGCACGCUACCUUUUCCUGCAAAGUUCACGAUAGAGGUUUGACCUUAUUUGGGAAUUAGGUCAUCGUAUUGUGUUUGUUUUUACAUCAUAUAUGCACUGUGUACAUAAAUAAACAUUAAAGUAAUAAACCAACUAUCAGACAAGAUGGAAUUCAGGAAGAUGCGAUUUUUAUACCUUCUGGUGAACGCCAUUUGUAUCAUGGUCGAGGCAUUUGAAUAUACAGUGAAUUUUGAUGGUGCUGACUGCGGACGGACCAUCACGGUUUCGGAACUGGAUGUGUUCUACCUGAAGGCCGAUCCCAACCCAAUUACCUCAGGAGGAGCUGCGUCCUGCACGGUCUCAUUUACAACAGCCACACGGUUCAGUGUGCGCGUGCAACAUCUUUCCGUAAAGGACUGUACCGUGAAACUGAAUUUCUAUGACAACGAAAACACACAGAAAUACCCCUCGCAAACGUUGACGUGCGUCCCCACCACUAACGUUGGGGGGACCUUUCACACUCGUUCAGGUAACCUUAUCGUCCGCUUGGAUAAAGGGUCCGGAGGUACAAAAGCGUACAGUUUCAACCUUGUCCUUACUACUUUUACAGGAGUGGUUUCCAACAACGUUGCCGACACGGCUGGGGGAGGCGUCGGCACGGGUGCCAUUAUUGGCAUCGCGGUGGGCGUGGUUGCGUUCCUCAUCAUCAUAAUUGCUGUCGUCUGCUUCUUCGUCUGUCGGCAGAUGGCACAGCAGAAAGAGGAGAAAAUGAGGCAACUACAGCCCAGCGUCUUUACAACAGCAUUGUCAAGGCAAACAUCUGUACCAACCGCUACUCAACUGAGCGCUUCCGGGUCUCAACAAGGAAGUCGCACCGGAAGUAACAGAUACAGUCAUCGCUCCAAAUAUCAACGAGCUCAAGGGUUUGAAAACAAGGCCUUCAGCGACACAAGCAAUGUUUCAACAGAAUUUGCUAACAGUAAAGUUUCAUAUGCAAUCAUAUCAAACGGUAGUGUUGACGGGAAAAGUUCUAUCAGAAUGGAAAACCUUCAGAGAGGCAGAAGAAGCGGAAGUGUUCGACGCGACAGGUCCGUACCCGACAAAGGGUUCUCUGAUGAUAAUGAUGCUCGAUCAAGCGUGAAGUUUGAUCUUCGAUCUGAUUCCGAGUUAGGAAAAGUUAAUUCAUCGAAACAAGGUGACUCUUCAAAUAAUCAGUCAGGAAAAGGGAGUAACCGAAAGGAAUUUAAUCGGGGCACAAAUGAGAAGGAAAAUGAUCCAAAAACGGCCGAUAGAAAUGCGGAAAACACAAUUGACAAACCGAAGAGGUCCACCACAGAAGGGAAAGACUAUUUUCAGGAAUAUAAAACGAAGAAAUACGAUGACGGCUUCAAUCGUUCGUCAAGUGUUAGAAAAUCCAAAAAUCGAGAAACAAGUUCCUCAAGUCACAAUUCUUCUAACAGCAAUCGUCAUUUGAGUGAAUAUCAGAGGGAUAAUUCUCGCUCUCGGAGUCGGUCAGAAUCUCGCCGUCAUGGCGACGGGAACAGGGAAUCGAGAAGGGAGGACAACUAUAGAGAACAAAGUCAUCGAAGCAGAAGUGCAGACCGAUCACGUCGAACAUCUGAGAGCAGAUCGCGAAGACGCGAUGAUUACUACGACGAUCGUGAAUCAGACAGCGAUGAUUAUUAUCACGACAGAAAUCGACGUAGUAGAAGUAGUGAGCGCCGGAGUAGUCGUGGACCAGAUCGAAGGUCUGACAGUAGACAUCGAAGCCGAGAUCAUUACGACGAUUAUCGAAGUGACGAUUCAUAUAUUAGAAGUAGCAGAGAUCAUGGUAGUCGUGAUGGAUAUAGAAGCGACCAUCGAUAUGACAACAGGGGUAGUUAUAGAAGAGACAAACGAGACGGGUACAGGAGCGAUAAUCGGUAUGAUAAUCGUGACGGGUACAGGAGCGAUAAUCGAUACGAUCAUCGUGACGGGUAUAGGAGCGAUAAUCGAGACAGAUUGGAUGUGUUCAAGGAUAGAGAAAGAAGCAAUCGAACAGCGACACGUGAUCGUAGCGAUAGUUACAGGUCUAGAACAACAUCUGUAGGAAGCGCAUAUUCCAAACAACGGAGCACUCGCUCCAGAUAUGACAGAUAACCGGAAGUUACGCAAUAUCCCCGUCACUGCCAGUUAGAUUGUUCAAAUGUUAUUCGGCUGACACUGCCCCGCUUUUCAUUAUUGUUUGUUUUGUCUGUUAGGAAUCCAUGUAUAUGUAGGCACUCGUGCUAGUUACAACUUUCUUAGGGAAGUUUCUGAUAAUUGCAGGUAUAUUAAUUCAUAUUACUUGUCUUGCCAAAUGAUUGUCUACAUGGUUUUAAAUUUGUAUUGUUAAUUCAUCCACCAGUGUCGGAAGAGAAAUGUGACACAUCUUCUACAUGUCCACUCCAAGGCAGCAAUGAAACAUUAUAAAUAUACCCAAUUGUAUUGACUUUAGUCAGUUAGUGCGAUUUGCUAAAUGGCUAUGCAUUUGUAUUUGCUUUGCGUAAUGAAGAAUAAAUGUGUUUUUGUAA